AACUCCAAAACUCAUCACCUUUCUCUACCUGUGUGUGUGUUAAACCCUCGCCGCGAGGAAAAACCCUAACCCUAAUUUUUUUGCGAUGGUUCUCACUCGUAGCAAGAAGAGGGUGGCGAAAUCUCAAACCCCUCCGUUGAAGAGGAAGGCGGAGAAGCCCCAAGCUCUGGCGUUGAAGAAGGGAGGAGCCAAGUCCCAGAAGACACCUCCGUUGAAGAAGCAGAAGAAGGAAGUCGUGGAGGAAGAUCCUAGCGAAAACGACGAUGCAGAAGUUUCCGAUGAUGCCGCCUCUACCGAUGUAGAAUCAGAAGAGUCUGAUGAUGGAGAGGAAGAAGGGUUAGGCUCUUCCGGGUUUUUCUCGGAUGAUGAUGGAGAAGAGAACGACGACGACGGUGAGGAGCUCUUGGGUGAUGACUUUCUGGAAGGUAGCGGCGAUGAAGAGGAGCAUUCGGAUUCGGGUUCGGGUUCGGAUUCUGACUCCGACGAAGGCGAUAUUGAGAAGGAGUCUAAACUUAUUGAUGAGGAAGAAGCAAAGGAGGAGGAAGACGCUAAGGCUGAGCUGCUUGAUUUCAACAAGGAAGCUGGAGACGAUUCGUUUCGGUUACCAACUGAAGAGGAACUUGAAGAAGAAGCUCGUGGGCCACCAGAUCUACCUCUACUUCAAAGUAGAAUCAAAGAGAUUGUUAGAGCUCUGUCAAACUUUAGCGUCUUGAGGCCAAAUGGAGCCAGCAGGAAAGAUUGUGUUGAACAGCUCAAAUCUGAUAUUGCUUCUUAUUAUGGCUACAACAGUUUUCUUAUUGGAGCUUUGUUUGAGCUGUUUCCUCCUGUUGAACUUAUGGAAUUAAUUGAAGCCUUUGAAAAGCAAAGGCCUACAUCUAUCCGGACUAACACACUCAAGACUCGAAGAAGGGAUCUUGCUGAUGUGCUUCUGAACAGAGGAGUCAAUCUUGACCCACUAAGCAAGUGGUCAAAAGUCGGACUUGUUGUUUAUGAUUCACAAGUGCCAAUCGGUGCAACCCCUGAGUAUUUGGCUGGAUUCUACAUGCUUCAAGGUGCUAGUUCGUUUUUGCCAGUGAUGGCCCUUGCCCCUCAAGAGAAUGAGCGUAUUGUGGAUGUAGCUGCUGCUCCUGGUGGUAAAACUACGUACGUUGCUGCUCUAAUGAAAAAUACUGGCUUGAUAUUUGCGAACGAGAUGAAAGUACCUAGGCUCAAGUCGUUGACUGCCAAUCUGCACCGCAUGGGCGUCACAAAUACCAUAGUCUGUAACUAUGAUGGAAGAGAGCUACCCAAGGUGUUAGGUGAGAAAUCGGUUGAUAGAGUAUUGUUGGAUGCACCUUGCAGUGGAACUGGGGUCAUUUCGAAAGAUGAAUCAGUUAAAGUUUCCAAAUCUCUGGAGGAAAUUAAGAAAUUUGCUCACUUGCAAAAGCAACUUUUACUUGCUGCCAUUGAUAUGGUGGAUGCCACUUCCAAAACCGGUGGAUAUAUUGUGUACUCAACAUGUUCACUUAUGGUUGCUGAGAACGAAGCUGUCAUCGAUUAUGCUCUCAAAAAGAGGAGUGUUCAACUCGUUAAAACUGGACUCGACUUCGGCCAAGACGGAUUUGUAAGAUUUAGAGAACAUCGAUUUCAUCCAUCUUUAAACAAGACCAAACGUUUUUAUCCUCAUGUACACAACAUGGAUGGAUUCUUUGUUGCAAAGCUAAAGAAAAUGAGUAACAUGAAACAAGCUUCAGAAGAUGAUGACGAGGCGUUAGGAACUGUAGAUGAAGCUGAUGUGCCCAGUGAUGAUGAUGAAGCUGAGGCCAUGGAAGGGAUGGAGAAACAACCUUCUGUUCCCAAGAAGCAGCAACCCAAGAAAACUAAAGAAAGCAAGGAGGGACUUGCAAAAUCAAAGGAGAGCAAAAAAGGCAAGAAAUCAAAAUCUAAAAAAGGUGAGGAUCCACCUAAAAUAAAGAAGCAAAGGAAGAACAGAACUGAAAUGAGGAUGGAGAUUUCUCAAGCUAGGGAAGAGAAAAGAAGAGCAAUGAGAGAGAAGUCGAAGGAGAAGCAAUAAUUCAUCUCGUAUACACUCAUGGUGAAGUUUAAGGUGCCAUAUAUGGCUUGUUGUUUUCAUUUAUUAUUUCACGAAUUAUUUUUCUAACGUUAAAAACUAGAAGCCAGAGAGAGCUACACUCUCUUAGACUCCAAUGGAAAGAUCUUUUAUGUCCAAAAGUUUUGUUUAGUGAA